AUGGACAUAGAAUGGAUGUCAGCUGAUAGGAUGUCAGUAGAAUAUAUAAAAAGGGUCGAUGAGUUUCUUAAAUUUAGUUUGGAUCAUGCCAAAGAUCCAAACUAUAUUUGUUAUCCUUGUAGUAAGUGUGGAAAUAUGAAAAAGAUGACUGCCACAAUAAUAAAAGAGCACUUAUAUUUCCACGGGAUAGACAAAAGUUAUAAAAUAUGGUAUUGGCAUGAUGAAGAGCUUCAUGUUACUCCGGACCCUCCUAUGGUGAAUGAAGAUCGGAAUUAUAGGCAAUUGGAUCGUGAGGAUAAUUUAGAUGAAAUGAUUGACGAUGCAUAUUAUGAAUCAGAAGUAGAUCCCGUUAAGUUUGAAAAUCUUCUUAAUGACGCUGAAAAGCCGAUUUACUCUGGUUGCACUAAAUUUUCAAAGCUAUCAGCCCUGCUUAGAUUGUACAAUAUAAAAGCCAAAAAUGGAUGGAGUGAUAAGAGUUUCACGGAAUUGUUAGUUUUUUUGAAAGAUUUACUGCCUGAAGAAAACGAGAUGCCCGUAUCAUUUUACAAGGCUAAGAAAACUAUGUGCUCAAUAGGCUUGCAAUAUGAAAAAAUACAUGCUUGUCCUAAUGAUUGUGUAUUAUAUCGGAAUAGCCUUGUAGAUGUGAAUUCGUGUCCUACUUGUGGUGUGUCCAGAUGGCAAAAGAAGAGGAAUUUAGAGGAAGUUAAGGAAGGAGUACCAGCAAAAGUUUUGUGGUAUAUUCCUCCAAUUCCUCGUUUGAUUCGAUUUUAUCGAAAUGUUGAUCAUGCUAAGAAUUUGACUUGGCAUGCAAAUGAGAGAAUAAAGGAUGGUAGACUUAGACAUCCUGCUGACUCACCAGUGUGGAAGACAGUGGAUUUGGAAUGGCCUUCAUUUGCCAAUGAACCUAGAAAUAUUCGUCUAGCUCUUUCUACGGAUGGAAUUAAUCCUCAUACUUCUCUCAGUAGUAAGUAUAGUUGUUGGUCUAUUAUGCUAGUCAUAUAUAAUUUACCGCCAUGGCUUUGUAUGAAAAGGAAGUUUACCUUACUGACCUUGCUGAUAUCUGGACCUAAACAACCUAGUAACGAUAUUGACGUCUACUUAGCUCCCCUAAUUGAUGACUUGAAAACUUUAUGGAAUGAAGGAGUUAGGGCUUAUGAUGCAUACCGAAAAGAAGAAUUUACCCUUCGAGCGGUGUUGUUAUGGACAAUAAACGACUUCCCCGCUUAUGGAAAUUUAUCUGGUUACAGUGUAAAAGAAUACAAAGCUUGUCCUAUUUGUGAGGAGAAGACUUUCUCUCAAUAUUUGAAACAUUCCCGCAAGGUGUGCUAUAUGGGACAUAGAAAAUUCUUGCCCCGGAGACAUUAUUUUAGAACUUGGAAAAAUGCAUUCAAUGGUGAACAAGAGUUUGGUUUGGCUCCAGCUCCUUUGACUGGGAAUCAAGUACUUAAUAAAGUAUAUGUAAUUCAGUUUAAGGUAGGAAAACCUAUUGUUUGUCCAAUUAAGAAGAAGAAGGGUCGUGGAAAGAGUGUUGGCAAGGAUAAGACUGAAGUUAGUUUGACUAGUGCGGAUGAGUCUACAAGUCCUUGGAAGAAAAAAUCAAUUUUCUUUGAGCUUGAAUAUUGGGAAAAGUUACUUUUGCGACAUAAUUUAGAUGUCAUGCACAUUGAGAAAAAUGUGUGUGAUAGUCUAAUAGGAACUUUGUUAAAUAUUCCAAGUAAAAGUAAGGACGGUAUUAAAGCUCGGAAAGACUUGGCUGCAUUGGGCUUACGAAAAAAGCUAGCCCUAAUAGAACAUUUUUACCGGCAGCUUGUUACACACUCAGUAAGGAUGAGAAAAAAGAACUUUGCAAUUGUCUAUACAAUAUUAAAGUUCCAGAAGGGUAUUCUUCAAACAUAA